AAUAAAAGAUCAGUUUUAAAAGGGAAGAUUAAACAGACAGACUCGAUAUUACAAUAUUCGUUUACGCAAAUCCGUUAUAGAUUUAACUCUGAAGAGAUAAUCUUGGAUUUCAGUUUUGUUUUAUAUGUGUUAUUGAAUUAUUUUGGAAAACAAAUAAAAAAUAAAAUGAAACAUAAUUUGUAAACAAACAAAACCGUAUGGCAUGUUGGAAUUUUAAGUUAUGAUUAAAAAGAACGACAUAAAUUAGUUAUGCCACAUGCACAUAUAAUACAUAUUGUGCAUGCAGGAUAAUGAGGAAAGUAUUUUCAAUGUGAUGGACAUAUUCUAUGGUGUAACACAAUUGCUUACCGGAAUUGCUGAGCAAGCGUUGUGUGCCAGGAGAAAGAUAAACGCGUAUGUAUGUCACAAGUGUUUCGUGAAGUGUGCUCUAUUGUCCACCUCCACCAAUGUUGACCGUGAUACAGGUUGCUGCUGCUAUGUCAGGGUCGUCGCAGGCGAGGAAACCAGAUGAUACCGAUGUAGACAAAGCACAUGCCGGCGAAACUCAAAGUGACAUAGGCAAGCAAGGUUACGUGAAAGAGCGGAAAGAUGAAGACGGAAAUGCUGAUGCUUCAAAUAUCGAAGUAGAACAAACCGACGGUCGUCCUGUUGUAGAAAAUUGUUACAGCAAAAGUGAAGGCGGUGAAUGGACCGAAGAGGUAAUUGCAGAUACAAUUAUCGAUGUGAAAUGUGUUGAUGGAAACCUUGUUCCUACAAUUAUAGUCUCAGGCAUUGAUGACGUUGAUGGCUGUAAACUAGAAACUGACGCAAAUGAUAAUAGUAUUGCAGAGAACCAAGAUAACAUCGCCCCUGUUCGUGUAGAAAUAAUCGGGGAGACGUUUGACAAACAAUCUAGUACACACACUUUAACGGCACUUUCUGGCGCGGACGACCCAAUAUCUAUAGCAAGCACCUACGACAAAGAUUACAAUACAGAGGAAAAGGUUGCGACAGGUCAACCUGAUUAUAAGUCUAUUAGAGACGAGUUGCAUAAAGAUUCUGAAUACAAUUCUGAUGUAAGUGAAACAGUUGAUGAUGACAGUCCUGAUGUAAGUGAAACAGUUUAUGAUGACAGUCCUGAUGUAAGUGAAACAGUAGAUGACGACAAAUCUAAUGAGUCGGUAGGUGAACUUGAGAACUCUUUAGAAGAAAGAAAAGAAGAAGUUAUUGCUAGUGAUGUGUGUCCCACUCGAGAAAAUUGUAUUUAUUAUGAUAUUAAAGAUGUUUCUGGUGAAAGUAUUGAAAUAAAUAAUCGUAAUGACGACCAAGUCAAUGGACACGCGUGUCUUAACAACGAAUCCUCUGAUGAAAACACAAUUUCUAGUCAAUUUAUCGACAGAGAGGAUGAUAUAGAACGCGUGUUAGAAAUCAAAGAAGCAUUUAAAGCCUGCCUGAAAAGCAAGCGACAACUUCGAGAGUCGCCAAGAGGCCGUAUUGAGAGAGUUCUGAUAGGCGACGACAACUCUGAAUAUGACGACGAAGAAGAUUUAAUUAAAGAACACAUUAAGAAAUACACACCUUUUGUAGAAGCAACACACGACACGAUAGAACCUAAUCUAAAACAUGUUGAACUAGAAGACAUAAACUCCAUAGAAGCAAACAAAGAAACUCUGAUCAAUAAAACCGAGAUUGGGUUCUCUAGCGCCGACCCAACCCCGACCAUGCCGGAGACCCGGGAUGUUAUGGACACGCGAGAGGGGGAUGGAUGUGUCUCCCCGACCCUCGGGUUCGCCUCGUGCAGGUACCGCUGGGAGAAGACGAUAUACACCCAGGAGGACAAGGUGUGCUUCGUCACACUCAACAACCGGAACAUAGAGCCCAUUCGACUUAACUGGUCUGACUCGGCGAAGUGUUACAUGUCGGACGAGGUCAAUGUUCCGGUCGGCGCAUACGUCGGCAAUCUGAUCAUCGACGGCACGUUCUAUCCCGUCGAGGACGUCACCAUAAAACACUACACGUUCGAGGUGGACCUAUACCUCAAGGAUGAUAUUUUGGAAGAUGAGACAAAGAACUCUGGUGUAGCAAAGGCAGAACAGUUCCUGAGAGGUCAGCAACGGCCAUCGAGCCCUCAGCAUUCUACGUAUCCCCAAACCAGGGCCACUAACAGCCACCCAACAUAUCCUCAAGCCAGGGCCAGGAUGGAUAUGGCAGCAGGAGAGCCCGAUGUGGAAUUGGAGAACAGUCUGCAUCUGUCAAACAAGUAUGAGGAUUUAGUGCGAUCCCAGAUCAACCUUACCGAUGGAACUAUGUCUGGAAACGAGUCAGACACUGAAUCAAAGGGCCGAAGAUCGGAUUUUCCUGAUGUGGAUGGGAGGGGAACUCCAGUGGGAGCUGACAGUGCCAAACUGUACCAAGAUGGGGACGAUACCGCUCUAAAGACCCUUGAUAUGGGUCACAUAGACAAUGAGUACAAAAAUUUAAUACUGGACGAUUACCUUGAAAAGCUUAGUGCUCAUUCUAGUGAUUCCCGUCGGCGCUCAGACGCAUCCAGGGAUGGAAAAAUGUCUCCAGCUGUGGUUGAUGACGUUCUCGGCAACGGACAUUCCCGCACGCCUAUUUAUAGCACUGAGAGCCCAGUGCAUUCCAAACAUAGCUCUGCUCACAGUUCAUCAAGGCACACGCCAAUGGAUAACUACGUUCGACCUGAAUCUUCAGGCUCCCUGCAUUCCAAGCACAGCUCUGCUCGUCUUACACCUACAAAUGUGGACGAUAUUGUUCGAGCUCUGUCCGCUCAGUCACAACAUUCUUUCCACAGCUCUGCGCGUCAGACACCCACCAACGUCAGAGAGCCUAGUUUGCACGAUUCUCCGGCCGUAUCAUCUGUACACUCUGCUAACUCUGUUAGCCAUCACGUGUUAGAGGAUCUCAUAGGAGAUGCACUGGGCCCAGAAAGCUCUAAAGAGGGCUCGCAGGCGAAUUCAAUUUCAGGGAGACCAGAUUCAGUUAGCUCACAUUACUCAAAUGACUCCAACAGGCAAAUACUUGAUGACUUGAUCAAGGAUGCAUUUAACUACGAUUCAAGAAAACCCUUGAGUGCCUCUCGUGAAGGGUCGAUGAAUGGAUCUCGCCCUCGGACCCCCACCCCACAGGAGCAGAUUUCAGAUGUCCUUAACCCGUCAGACCGGCACUCCCCCAUCCGCAGAGAAUACUUGAACAGUUCACCAUACAAUUCACAUCCAGCGUCAACACAUAGUUUUAAAGAAGGGUCACCACAAGGACCAGGUCAAGGUUCCAAACCUGGAUCAACCCAUGGUUCCCAGCAGGGGUCCACACAUGGUUCCCAGCCCGGUUCCAGGCCUGACUCCCGUGCAGAUUCUCUCAGCAGUUCAAGGUCAGGUUCCCAGCAAGGCUUUGUUCCUGGAACAGGAACCAACUCUGCUCACAGUUCUCAGCGAGUGACCCCGCAUCGUGACCUGAUUUCCAGCGCACUGCGAGCCAGUCAGGAAAAGCUUUACCUGGAAACAGACGUACGCAAACUUGUUGAAAGCGAUUACGGGGGUAGCAACGCCAGUAACCAAGGAUCACGCCCUCAGAGUCUGACCAGUGAACAAGAACUCAGUCAGUACUACGACGGUUCCCAGGUUAACCGAGCGGGAUCCAGUCAGAAGAUUGGAAGCGCGUCAAGUCUGCCCGUUAUUGGAACCAGUCCAGGGGUGCUGGGAGUUAAACGCAGCCAAACUCCAGACGGACAUGUGCGAGUGCCAGCCGGUCCUGUAGGGCCCAUAAUGAAGGGUCGCACCCCACCACGCACCCCCUUGUCCAACGCCAGCAGUCGUACUGUCACACCUGUGAAUAUGGAGACAGAGACUGAGAGGAAUCUUCGAGAGCAAAUCCGAGACCUUGAUGGUGUCAUCUUGAAUCAGCGAAAGAUGUUAUUGACGCAAGAAGACGAGUUGUCAGAGGUCAGGAAGCAGUUAGCCAGCGCUCAGGCUGAUGUUAAGCGGCUUCAGACUGACCUUGACCUUGUGACCUCACGACCUUCACCUGGCCCCCAGAUUGCUGAGAUAAAGCGCCAGGUAUCAGACCUGACAGACGAGCGAAAUCAGUUACAAAGGGAGCUGACUCAACUCAAGGACGAACUCCGUCGGAAGAAUGAGCCUGGAUUGAACAGCUACAACCCCAACAGCCCGUCAGCCCUGCAGCGGAGAAUAGAUGAGUUAAAGGGUCAGGUACAAGACCUCCAGGAGGCCAACGAGGCGGCUGUGUCAGACAUGCAGGCUGCUGAGAGGCGAGUCAAGGAGCUGGCAGCUGACAACGAGAGGCUCAGGGUUACCAGGGGCGACAGGGCACAGGAACUGGAGGCGGAGAAUAGGACACUGAAGACUGAGCUGACAAGGUUAAAAGAGCAUGCAGCAAGCUACAACGAGGCGUCGGACUACCGAACCAAGAUCGAACUUCAACAGGUCAAGGAAGACAACCGUAAUCUAAGAGAGAGAAACUACCAGCUGCACGACGACAACAUCAGGCUGCGGGAGGAGUUGUCUAACUUGAGAAAGUCCCUUGAGCUCGUUGACAGUUCCAGGAAAGUGUACAGGGAUGAUGCUCGUAGGUCGACAAGGGUCACCGAAAACUUUGAUAGAAAAGAAGUCCCUGAGCAGGAAUCAUCCAAUUACCAUAGCAACCGAAAAACAGAACCCCUUGUGGAGCGACGUGUGAACACAAGUUACCCGGGUACCAGACAGGUCUACACCAGCAAGAGUUUAUACGAGACAAGGGUCGACAGCUUGCAGGAACUGCCUGCGAACACAGAUCGUUUCCUGAAGACUGAUUCAUUCAGAGACGAUAGUUUCCGUUCCGGUCCGGAGGGAGGGUCAGAUGACAAAUACAGCGGCACACAGAGCUACGGUAGCGCGCUGGGCCACGAGAAAACUAGCCUGCUCUCCAGCGCUAAAGACUUUACAAGGUCGCGGGAUUUCAGUGACCUUGACCUUGGGAAGCAUCAAAGAACGACGUCUGCUGAAUUGGAUUAUAGAUCCUUACCCCUGCCCCUGUAUAAGUCGGACUUCUCCAAGACUACCCCUGCAUUAUUUGGAAGAUCUCGAGCAAUCUACACAGAAAUCUCUAGCAAACGUUCCAUGCCUGGUACUCAAUUGGAAGGUCAGGAAAACAUAAACCCGGAACCUCAUAGCGAGUCUUAUGACUCUAGGCCCGGGCCUGACUCAGCACAAAAUAUAGCCACCACUUGUGAUGUGCCUGACACUAAUGGCAAUAACAGUGACACUCGCAUUCAGUCCCUACAAAGUGGAGCAAGUGCGGCUCAGGUUUUCGUGAAUCGGUUUGUGCCAAAAGGCGUUGAUUCGGAGGAAAUCGGGCUGGGGGAGAGAAGUGUCCUGGACAGGGAAGACAAUUACAGAAGGAAGGACAACUCUCGUAUUGGACAUUCGCAUGAAUUACGCCAGAAGGUCCUCUCAGCUCCCCCGCUGUAUGCUGACGACGGCAACUCCAGCGACACCCCCACAGACAUCCUGGUCAACGUGAAACCAAUUGACAAGAUCCCUUCAUCGUCAUGGAGUCGACGUCAGCGACGCGGCUCGGCCGGAUCUGAUGGAUCUGAUUCAUCGUUCAGCGAUAUUGACGAACAGAUUCAGUCUGCGGCACGGAAGCGAUCCAAGUCUGCAGAUAGUAGAGAACUGCUUCGUCGCAUGGGCCCUACUGGUGGCCCAGACGCCCCAGGGGAGAAGACUCUGUCUCGCACCCUGUCCCCGGCCCCUUCAGGGCUGAGAUCCAUCACGCCCCGGCCCCUGGCCACACAGCACAACAAGGGGGCGCUAUCACUGUCCACAAGCCUGAACUCCCUGACCCAGGGUUUGCGCCCAUUUGCGCCACGUAGCGCACAGGACCUGCAGAUCAAUGAUGUGAUAAAGUUCUCUCGUCAGGGGGGCAAGCUGUCCCAGGGCACCAUCAAGUUCAUUGGUCACCUGCCAGGUCGCGGUGACAUUUACCUGGGGGUGGAGCUGGAUAAGGAAGAUGGCAAGCAUGAUGGCAUUUUCGAGGCUAUUCGAUACUUCCAAUGUAAGCCAAACAAGGGUGUGUUUGUGGCCUAUAACAAGGUUGUAAUGGCCUGGACUGGAUAUUGAACAAUGAAAAUAACUUGUGAAUUUUUGGACUGCAUAUUGAACACGAGAAGUAACUAGUGAACUUUUGGACUGGAAAUCAAAUAAGGGAAACAACUUGCAAACUUAUGUACUGGAUAAAUUGAACAAGGGAAUUAAUAGUGAACUUACGGUAAAUAGACUGUAAAAUUCAUGCAAGGAAACCUGAAGAAUUCUACCCGACUCAGGUACCUACAAACUAUAAAAGCCAGAAUGGAACCGCAAAGCUUUAAUACCAAAAAUGUGACAAAAAGUAGAGGGUCAUAAAAAGGAGGAAAUCCAGUUAAUUAUGUAUGUCAAAGUAUAUACCUGUACAUGAUAAAAUGUCAUUUGAGACGUAUUGUCAUUUUAAUGUGGACUGACUCUUUACUAAAUGAGCGUUUUACAUUGAUACAGAGGUGUUGUGCUACUGGAAAUCAAUCAAUGAAGUUCAGCUGCUUUUUUGUUGUUCAAAUAAUUUCUUACCACCCAUCAUGAAUAGUACACAUAAAACAUAGCGGUAUUGGGAACAUAUUUUUGCACAUUUAAUGCCCAUUUAAUAAACAUAUUAAUUUUGUCUGUACUUUUUCUGAAUCUUUUAAAAAUGCACUUAAAACACUGAAGCCUUCUUAUUGUAUGAUAAAGUGUAUUUGACAUGACUUGACAUGGAGGAAAAUGGUGUCAAUGAACUGAAUAAUGUAUUAAUGUCAUGCAGAAAAAAAUGUAUAACAAGUAGUGCAUUAAUGCAGAAAAAAUAAGUACAGAAAAAAUGCAUCUUUUAAUGUUGAAUGUGAUUUUUUUCUGCAUUUCAGGUGUAUUUAAUGCACAUAAAAUGCAGAAAAAAACAUUCAAUUUAAUUUCCUUUAAUGCCCAUUAAAUGUGAUUCACUUUUUCAAGAAGGGACAGUUACAGAAAAGAUGUGGCUUGAAUCCGUCUUGUCAUGUAUUUACUACAGUAUAAGUGCACACAAAAUUGCAUGCAGUGUGUUGUUUAUGGGAUAUUAAUGAAACAUGGUUUCAUGAUUUUACCAUCCAUGUACUUAUAUAUAAUAUAUGAAACAAAACAACAGCAACAGAACGUUGUGAAGCACAACUUUGUGUGAUGUUUCUGUUUUUAGUUUUUCGUAACAUUCCUUGAUACCUAGUGUUUGUUAUGUGAUAAAGUGUGUUGUUGAUAAAUUGAUAGUCCACAGAACUGUGAUAGAAAAAAUGUUUUUAUAUUGUAUAUUAUAUACAUCCACUUCUGUAAGUGAUCAUAUGAAAAUAACUAUAUUGUUUUGGCUCUUUGUUCAGAAAUAAUAGUGUUUCAAUCCAUUCCAUUUGUUAUAUAGUCAGUAUUUUUAAAGUAUUUAUUUGAUAUUGUUAUGUAUGUGUUUACUUACAUAUUUUUUUAAUGAAAUGUUAAAUGAUAUAUUCACAUUCAUUUUGCAUUUGGACAUUUAUAUUUUUAUCUUCUAUUCCAAUGUCCGUCCAAUGUUUUUAUUUAUUUGUAAACAGUUUGUUACUUUUUUUUAGUUAGAGUAUAAUGUAUGGUAACAUAUUUUUAAUUUUUAUAAAAUGCCUUACAUUGAUAAACCUUUACAAUAUUUUAAUAUGUAUUGAUAAGCAUGGAUUUCAUAGCAUUUGACUUUUACCAUAACAAUAUUUUCGAGUCUUUUGUAUUUUAGCCUAAAAAAGCUGCACAAUUGUUUUUUAGAACAUUUGAUGUAUAUGAUAUUGCCUUAGUCUUAGUUUAUUACAGCAAUACACUUUACUUAAAUGAAUGACCAGCAUCAUGCGAAAUGGGUAUUAUGCCAUAAGCCACCAGUGUAGCUCUGACCAGCCUGGGAAAUCUUGCUGAAGCUCUUGACCAAAUUAUGAACAUACCCAAGCUAGUCGGAAUCUUCGUUGGACGCAUAUGCCAUAAAACCCAUUUUCGCAUGAAACUGAUAGAAUUCCCAGUUGGGAAUGUCUUGCUCACGUUUUGCCUUUUAAGAACAAUAUGUUGCUAAUGUUUUCGUUGAUGUUGUUGCAUUUAAUACAAUAUGCCUGCAUGGCUAAUUACCUUUAAUUGUAAAGGUUUUGACUACAAAAACGCAUGUAGCAUGUAUUUUAGUACAUGAUAAUUUGUUAUACAUGAAAUAUCUACCGGAUCACGUUUCAAUUUUGUUUUGAGUACCUUUUUUAUUUAGACUAGAUUAGACUACUAUAUCUACUCUAAUUUUAGUGUGUAGUAAGUGGUUUGAUUCAAUGAUGUGAUUGUAGUUUUAUUACUUAUUAUAUGUGUGUAAAAGAAACUUAAAAAUAAAACCUAUACAAAGGAA